AGAAAGUAAGAUGAAACUUACCGGUAUAAGUAUCUUAACAUUUGCUGCCUGCUGGAUAUGCCCUAUAUUUGGUAAAAAUGCUGAGUAUUAUACGGAUACAUCUAGUGGAAACCUGAUCGGAGAAAAACUUCACAGUGCCUUCAAUGAAGUUCCCAUUAUCAAGUUUACUAAUAUUCCAUACAACGCAAAGAAUCCGAACUGUGGUAUGCUAACGUCUGAUGCUGACAGAAGAGUCGAUUGUUCAUACUUGGAAGUUUACGUAACGGAAAAUACAGCAGACAUUCAAAAACCAGUUCUUCUUGUUCUUGGAAAUAUUGACCUCUCAAAGAUUUGCUUAGAAAACAAUUGCCAGGAAGUAGUUUUUAUAAAAAUACUUUCGCCAUUUUUCUCCAAAGAGGAAUCAUCUUGCACGACCCCACAAUCCUGUGAUGCUAAAACCGAAUUCCUACAAAAUUUUGAAGAAGCUCUCAUUUGGGUUCAGCACAAUGUCCAAAGGUUCGGCGGAGAUAAAUCCUUGGUUACGGUUGCAGGAUUCGGAAGGGAGGCCUCUCUGUGGGCAUCUAUUGCAAAUAAUGUGAGAAAAUAUCAACACCUCUUUCAGAGAACAGUUGUAGAAAAUGGAGAUGCAAAUUGGAUUUCUCACCAAGGGUUAUUGACUAAUGCAGAAACUGGAGAAACCAAGGAUUAUGAAAUCCAUCCGAAAUCGCGUGACUUAUUGAUUGGAUAUAACUUCAAGUCCGUCGAUGGCGAGCAUGUGACGUCAAUAGUCGAUUAUGUUGAAUCAUUAUCUAACACGGGUAGUAGGGUUACUCUGUUUUCACUCGGUACACAAAGCGACGAUGUCUCUCAUAUGUUUGAAAACGCAUUGUUUGAUUUGUGUAUCAGAUUUGCGAGAGACAGGGUUCUGGAGGAAACAGUUUUUCCUGUUGUCAAGCUCGGUUCAUGGAAAAACGGUGUACAUACAUUACAAUUUUCUGCAGAUGGCCUACUAUGGAAUACAGUUACAAAUAAUGACUUAUUUGCGUUUCCGGAUGAAUUGGAUAUCGAAAAUUUUCCGGAAAUACUUACAUCGCUUGGUCCAAUGCGUGGCCGUCAUUUACAUCGCGGGUCAUAUGAAGCAGAUGCAUUCUAUCAUAUUCCAUUUGCAAGUCCGACCAAAAGAUUCGAGUACUCAGAGAUGGUAGAGCCAUGGACUGAUAUGUUGGAUGCACGGUAUCCCGUCAGAUACAAAGACUGCCCUCAGCAUAUAAUUAUGGAUUUUGGCCAUGAAGACUGUUUAAAUCUCCAUAUAUUUGUGCCUCAGAACUUGAAUGAAACAUUGAAGAUGGCUCCCAUUCCGGUGAUGAUAUUCAUGCAUGGCGGGUCGUAUGCUCUCGGUAGUGCUGGUGGUUUCAGAAUUCCACUGAUGUUUGAUAAUUCUCUUUAUGAUGGUACAGUUAUGGCAGACAUUGGCAAGGUGGUUGUUGUUUCUGUCAAUUAUCGCCUAGCUGCUCUUGGAUUUCUUAACGAUGGCGAAAUCGGUAACGGUGUUUUGGAUGGAAAUUAUGGAAUUAGAGAUGUGGUGUUGGCAAUGGAAUGGGUUCAAAAAUAUAUAAGCGAAUUCGGAGGAGAUCCAAACAUCGUAACGAUUUUCGGAGAGUCCGCGGGAUCUGCUGGUUCAGCUGUACUUAGUAUUUCACCCAUGACGGAGGGUCUUUUCCAUAGAGUUAUUCAACAAAGUGGAAGUUCCGUCAGUUUUUUCGCAAUUGACUACAAUCCAGGUGUGUUGGGAAAAAGAGUCAUGACUGAGCUAGGAUGCAGAUCUGAUAACUUUACUGCUUCGAAAGAAUGUUUGAUGAAAAGAGGAGAAUUUGAUUUCAUAGGCCUACAGUCUGCAGUAGAACUUCACUUGUAUGUUCCAUGGCGCCCAACAGUUGAUGGCGUAUUCUUAACUGACACAGCAGAAACACUAGUCAACAGGACAUCAAAUUAUGAGGUUAUGCUUGGGACAAAUUAUGACGAAACAUUUAUCAUGGUUGUGACCAUCAUACCAGAACUGAUAACUGGAAGACCUAUAAAAUUGGAAGAUCUGACAGUGGUAUAUGAAGAGUUGAAUAAUCUUGUCGCCGAGUAUCCGGAUCGUCAACGAUAUGUAUCCGAUAUUGUGUUUCACAACAGUGUUGAAUGGGAGAUGGACUGGACAACUGAGUCGGUUAAAAAGACGAUGGUCAGAGCUUCAUCUGACUUUGUAUUUGCAGCUCCAUCUAUCCGACAGGCUCAGCUUAGAGCUCAGCACGUUGGUGGGCCUUCAACAUAUAUGUAUGAUUUUCACAUCAAAGCCAAAUUUACCUUGAUACCUGAAUGGCAAACAAAUUUCCACGCACAAGAGCUACCGUAUGUGUUUGGUGAACCAUUGAGGAGGACAAUAAACGACCGAAUAUGGAAUAGUACAGCUGAUGAGCUUAGUCUUCAAAUGAUAACUUAUUGGACGAAUUUUGCAAAAAGCGGCGACCCAAACUCACCAGUUUCCGAUGCCAUAAAUGGAAUACGCUGGGAUCCGUACACAAACAACGGCAAAGAAUACAUGGAGCUCAAUUUCCACAUGAAUCCGAAUAACUCGAAAGCCGACUACAAGCCUUACGAAAUGGAAUUGUGGAAUGACUUGGUUCCCACGCUUUUACAACAGGAUAGGGACUCGUGUACCAGUAAAGAAGUGAUGACAAAAAGGAUCAAGUCAAAUAAAUUUUCCACAAAACCUCGUUCCACUAAUAAAGACUUGACAUCUGACGCGGCUGCUGUUGAACAUCGUACAACAAAUUUUGCGAUCGAAAACGGAACCAAAUGCGACCUCUCUGAAGAUUAUGUUAGAAAUACAACAUAUGGAUGUGUCCGCGGUGUGUUGAAAAAAUACGAGGCUGUCGAUGUUGAAACCUACUUAGGAAUUCCAUAUGCGACGGCGCCUAUAGGUGACCUUCGUUUUGCAGUCCCUGAAAAAGCUAGUGGAUGGGGUGACAACGUUUUUAGUGCUGAUACGUUCGGUCCCGAUUGUCCCAGAAGUCAAGAUCUGGAGGGACAAGAGGAAGACUGCUUAUAUUUAAAUAUAUAUAGGCCAAACAAUAAUGAAAUUUUACCAGUCAUGGUAUGGAUCCAUUCUGACAUGGUAUCAGGGAACGGAGGAGCGAAUUACGACGGAAAAAGAAUUUCUGCAAUUGGGAAUGUUAUUGUGGUGACUUUUAACUAUAGAAUUGGCGCCCUUGGAUUUUUAUAUUCUGGGGACGGCGAGGCAGCAGGUAACUUUGGAUUGCUAGAUCAAAACAUGGCACUUGAAUGGCUGCAAGAAAAUAUUGAAUUUUUCGGUGGAGAUAAAACGUCAAUCACAUUAUUUGGAGACGAUGACAGCUCAAAAAUGGUUGGAUAUCAGUCCGUGAAUGUUCUCAAUGAUGGAUCAAUGUUCAGCAGAGUCAUUCAUCAAAGUGGAGUCGGUCAGAUGAGCACUGAUCUGCCGUUCGGGGACGACAACACUGCUGCAGCAGAAUUGGCAACUAAAUUCCCCUGUCCAAUAGAUCCGGGGAUGGUACCCUGCCUUAAAAGCCUUCCUUUGUCGGUAUUUAUGGUCGAAGCUGAGAACUAUCCAGCAAGUGUCGUUGUGGAUGGAUAUUUUUUAACUGACCAACCACGGACAUUGUUUGAGAGGGAAGGGUAUAGUCCCGAAAAGUACGAUUACUUGAUAUCAUUCACAUCGGUCGAAGGCACAUCUCACUAUGACUACGUCAUGAACAACGUGACUGACAGAACAUCGUUUAGCGAUUUUAUCGAUACUCAGAUAAUGUCAGACGCAAAAUAUACAAAUCCAUCACGCGUCAAAUCUGUAAUUGAGUACGAAUAUGUCGACGUAUAUGAUGAACCGGGAACCUUGGAAAAUCGAUUUAAAAAUGCUGCUCUUAAUGUUGCUGGUGAUAAAGACGUGAUUGCCCCAAGUGUCCUACUGGCAAAUACAACUGUUACAGCACAGGCAACUUUAUUACGACCUCGAAAUCGAACAUUUUUGUGUCACUUAGUCUCCAAAAUAGACGAUACGUAUCCCAACUUGAACGGCGCUCACAGGGGAACUAUAGAACGGAUAAUAUGGGCAAAUUUCAACUCGACAGAGUAUUCAAGUGAAAAGUUAUUGGCGGACAGAAUGAUCCAAUAUUGGACUUCAUUCGCACGCAACGGAAAACCGCAAACUGAUAUCGACGGCGAUGUCUUUAAUAAUUACAACAUACUUGAUGGCGAAUAUACGGAACUCGAUGCUACUGCAGAAAUCGUGAUCCAAAAGAAAUAUUUCAGACCUAAAUACACAUCACUGUGGAAUUUCUUGAUUCCUAGAAUCGAUGUUUCUUUUCAAUGCGAAGGCCAUCAGGCCCCCAUAACACCGACCGUGACCACUGACACGGGUGUGAUGAUUCAUGGGUAUGCAGAUUCGACUUCCGAUAACCGAAAUUACGAUGUAUUUCGUGGAUUGGCAUACGCGGAACCGCCUAUUGGAGAUUUACGAUUCAGCAAAACCAAUUUCGUUGGUGAAAUAUCUUCUCCUGACUCCACUGUUUAUGCAAACAUUAGAAAACAGAGAUGCUUGCAAACAGUAAACGGAGCUGGAGGAGGAUUCGCUGGAGAGGAUUGCUUGUAUUUGGAUAUAUGGCGACCAUCAAACAACGAUGCAGAUUCCAAACCAGUUAUGUUAUGGAUUUGCCACGGUGGGCACGACGUACUUGGGCCUCAUAGUCAACUGGAAGAUGAUCAUUCAUGCGAUAUCGACGGUCGACUUAUGGCUUUGGAUGGAGAUUUCAUAUUUGUUCGUGUCCAAUAUAGAAUUGGCGUAUUGGGCUUUUUGAGCACGGGAGACAACAUCUUGUCAGGCAAUGCCGGGCUGCAUGAUCUCACAAACGCUCUAAAAUGGGUUUACAAAAAUAUUGGAUAUUUUGGUGGAAGCAAAGACAAGGUUACUGUGGCUGGAGAUGGUUUUGGAGGAGUACUGGCAUAUAUUCUUGCAGGAAUGUCUCGUGACAUCAUGGAAGGAACAGUGCAAUCGGUUAUAGCACAAAGUGCUAGUCUUACUGCGCCUUGGGCCUAUUCUAUAAACCCUAAGGACGAGCUUAUGGAAGUUGCUGUACGUGCAGGUUGUCAAAAUGCCGUCUUGCAAAGUACUAUCGGAUGUCUGCGCAAUGUUGAUCCACUGGUGCUUAUAACAGCAGCAGGAAACGUACCGAUGCAAUUUCCAUUUGGAAUAUAUGCAGAUAACGAAGGUAUCGCGCCUUCUGAAGACAGUAUUUUGAAUAUGAAAAUAGAAGGUUACGUUGUAAAAGAUAUCAGACAGAAAGUAGCGACGAUGCCAACGUUGAUAGGUUUCAACGGUGGUGCAGGUUAUCGAUUCACUCUUGAAGCAUAUCCUGAAAUCCAACUUAUCUAUGGAAGACGUCCUAUUCGACCAAGUCUCAUUACAAAAGUUGUUGAAAAUGAUAUUUUUGCCGAGAAUAUUGGCGUUAAAAGAUCACAGGAUGAUAAUACAAUUCUUACUGAUUUUUACAUACCAUGGGGACAAACAGACAUUAGAAACGAAAUACGUAGAAAUGUUGUAAAUUAUCAUACAGACGCCGGUUUUAUUGUCCCAGUUUAUGGCGAAAUAUUCUCUAGGCUACUUCUGUCCAACGCAGAACCUGUAUUUUUAUAUGUUUAUGAAGAUAGAACAUACCAUACACGUGCAAGACUAUGGCAAACUGCAGGCGCAGACCUGGGAGAAGAAUUACCUGUCGUUUUUGAAGAGUACAUUGAUAGCGUACGAGCACCAUUAGGAUCGGCUAUGCGACAUCGUUGGACAAAUUUUGUGAAUAGGGGAUCUCCAAACUUACCUACAACACCGCAAUCGGAACGGUGGUUGCGGUACGAUGAGGAAAGUCGAAGAACAAUGAUAUUCAAAGAUAAUGCAGAGCGAAUAGUUGGAGGAUACGGAGAUCAAGCAUUUAAAGUUUGGCAACAGGUCAUGCAGGCAACUCCUAUUAUACCUGAUUCUACAAUAUCACAUGAUGCUACAGUCAGUUGUCCAAGAUGUCCAACACCUCCUACUGUUACGUGUUCCACACAGAAAACUCCAACAUGCUCAGCUGUUCCGAUUCUUGGGUCAGGAUUAGGCAUGGAGUUGUCGCCUACUGAAGCAGACGUGGCAAUCGAAGUUUUAUUCAGCAUUGCUCUGUCAUUGGCUAUUAUCCAAGUUGGGAUUAUAGUUUACGUCUUGUACAUAAAAAGCAAAAAGAAGAACAAGCAGACUGACUCUUUGCAGUUUUCUAACAAAAGCACUGAAAAACCGAUAGAGAAUGGAAAUUCUAAAGAAUUUUCCGCCUUGUGAUCUGUUAAACAUCCUUUAAAAUAUCAUAAAUUAAUUUAAUAUAACAAUGUAUAUAAGUCGACGAUUAUUACAGACGUAAAUGUGUCAUAAAAAGGAAAUUGAUUAUAAUAUACUGACUGACGAAACAACAUUUUAUGUUAUUUAGUCAUAAAUAUUAGCGAACUUUUCACCUGUGCAUUUGCGAAAAAUUAAUGAAACAGAAAAGAAAAUGAUGCUGAUAAUUUUACCUUUGAUGUUGAAGAUUAUGACUAUUUUGAUUGGAAUUCUAAAUUGAAACCUGAUACCGUGUGGGAAAGGUGGGUUGGUUAUAAAGCAUUCAAAAGUAAAUAAGAAAUAGAAGUGACAAAAGAUUCUGAUAAUAAAAAAAAAUUAUAACGAAAAUUUCAAACCAGGUUUAUUUCACCAGUUCAAGCAAAAACAUUUAUUACUCCAAAAAAUCUAUGGAAAGACGAAUUGAAAGCAUUUAUAAGAGACUGAUAAUCUGAAUGCAUUUGCUCGGUUCAUCCUUGGCUUAGUCAUUAGGAUAUCAUAAAAUACUAAGCUAUUAAAUUCCUAAACACGACGGACGAUUUAAGAGCGGCGCAAUUUUAUAAAUAGUUGUUUGUUCUGUUCACGGCGUCAGUAUCUUGGACAAAGAAUUUAUUGUCUGAUCAAGGGUAAACAACUUUAAUU